UAGGGUUUAUCAAGGAGCGAUCUAUCAGAGCGAUGGGCAGUGGCGGUGGCGGUGGCGGUGGCGAUCGAAAUGGCGAGCUUGUGACGGUGAAGGGGCUGGCGCUUGACAGGUACAUGGGCCGCUGGUAUGAGAUCGCCAAGAUCCCUACUCGAUUCCAGCCCAAGGCCGGGAUCAACACGCGCGCGACCUACACGCUCAAGCCGGACGGCAGCGUCGACGUGCUCAACGAGACCUGGGUAAAUGGCAAGCUGAAUCACAUCAGCGGCGUGGCCUGGAAGGCCGAUCCCAAGAGCGAGGACGCCAAAUUCCUCGUCAGGUUUUGGGUGCCCCCGUUCUUGCCAGUGUUUCCAGUCACUGGGGAUUACUGGGUGAUGGCGAUUGGGGAUGACUACGAGUGGGCGCUCGUCGGCCAGCCCUCUCGAAGCCUCUUGUGGGUUUUGGGCAGGAAGCCAGAGCUGAGCGAUGAGAUCUACUCCAAGCUAAUGGAACUGGCCAAGGAGCAGGGAUACGAUAUCAGUGCCGUGGAGAAAUCCAAGCACGAUGAAAGCUCCGAGACGGCACAGGGAGAGGAGCGAGCUCCCAACAAGGACAGUGGAUUUUGGUGGCUCAAGACACUCUUUGGCAAGUACUGAAAACUAUACGUUUCACAUCUAUCUCAUAUGAUCUUCUAUACAAGAAACAACGUGCUCUUCUAGAUUGAUAAAUCAUAAAAUCGCGAACAUAGAUUGUAUUUUCUACUUGAAUAAAUAGUAGCAGCCUCCAUAGCCUGCGAAGCAAAGUACGUAUAAACUCAA